AUGCCGCUCUCGUCCCACCACCACCACCACCACCACCAGCAACAGCAACAACAACAACAACCAUACUACCCGCAAUCAAACGCGCAUCAACACCAACAACAGCAUCACGUUGCCAUACCACCACCACCGCCACCACCACCGCACCAUGACAAGUCUCAGUCUCAACCAAUAGGCCGCAGUCAGUCGGCGUUCAACUUCCUCCUCAACAAGGCAAAGGCUCCCUUCUCCUCUUCAACCAGCUCCACCCACCUCAACGCUUCCACCUCGCUCUCAUCGCUCUCCACCCACCAAGAAGACCCUUUUGAGGAUACUACCAAUCACAUUCACUAUCAUCGCCAACUUCAGCAGGAUCACGCUUUCCCUGAUGCUCCUCGCCUCUCUGCACAGAACCGCAGGCUACCCAGCUCCAACUUUGAAACCGGCUCUCGCCCCAUUCAGCAACACCAGCAACACCAGCAACACCAGCAACACCAGCAACAUCGCUCCGAGUCCAACACCGGCUCAAACCCCACAAGGCCUGGGCCCUUGUCCCGUCCUAGCAACUCGGAAGAGCCCAACAGCGCCGUAGCCAGUCCCACCAAACGAGGCUUCUUUGGCGGCAUCGGUCGCGACCGAAAAGCUUCCAAUGCCUCUCUCAAACCGCUUGCCUCACAAAAGCCAAGCUUCUCCUACAGCCCUCUCUCCAAAGCUCACAGACAAGAACCUUCGAUCAGCAGCAACUAUGCCCUCUUCAGCAAAAGCCAGUCUGACCUCCACGCUCGUCCCGAUCUCUCAUCGCCAAGCAACCCUACCGUCGAGCUUCCCCGUCUCCCUGCCAUCUACGCACAACAGCAGCAGCAACAACACACACCCGCUUCCGCCGAUCGCAAUCGAUUCUUGCGCUCCCCCAGUCCUGCCAUGAACUUUUCGCGCAGUGUCGAUGAUCUCAACUCGAGCGAUCAGCCCAUAUCACCCUUAGCCACCUCGCCAGCCUACGACCAAAGCACCUCGACGCACGCCACACACGCUUCCUCCUCCUCGCCUGCAACGUGGGGCGAACAUGGCGUCCCCGGUACUCCGCACGACUGGCGACCCAGCGAUAUGGGCACGCUCGCCUCGCCUACACAGCAGCACCCUGCCUCCUUCCAGCGCUUCAAAGCCGGUCAUCACAAGCUCGACUCGGUUGCAGCCCACCUACCGCCCUCCACCAACUCGGUCCAGACCCCACCCAACAACUGGAACGCCAUGUCUCCACCCAAGCACAGCUACAUGCAAUCCUCAGCGCCGCAGCGUAACGAAGCCAAACAUGCUCGCAAAAUUUCCAAAUUGACCGGCAAAGAGACGGGUCGCGGUGUAGUCGCCACCACGCUAGCAGCCUCGCUCGGCCUCACCAACCUCGGCGCGUCUUCUGCCUCACCCCCGCCGCUCUCGACCCACACCACCUCCGAGCCGGCUUCCCUUCCCCCAGGUGCCGUCUUUCAGGGUUUCCUCAGUCGCAAUGCCAACAUCAGCCUCACAAUCGAACAGCUCAGCAGCCAUGAUCACGCCAAGGGCAAGGACAAGGAAAAAGACAUCAGCAAAGGUUGGAAACCGUACCGCGUCGUCCUACAGGACGGUCGUCUCUACUUUUACAAACCGCCCAGCAACGUCUCGGACGAGGUCAAGGCAAUCUUCCCCGCUACCCUUGUUCGCAAUGUACAGCCCACACCAGCUUCUUCUGCGUCCUUGCAUAGUCUCAACGCUGAUGUGCUUAUCAAGGGCGGCCUCAGCAAGCACGAUCUGCUGUCCGCCACCUCGAGCACCACAGAGUUGACUUCGCCGUUGACAUCGCCCAUCUUGCGCCCCCGCAUUCCAGCAGUUCGACAAAACUCGAACAAAUCCGAAAUUGCGCUAGUUAUACCCCCGGUUACGCCCAGCCUAGAUCCCUUGACUGCCACUGCAAGCGCAGCUGUACCUCGACUUUGGGUCAAGCCCGGGAAGCAUCCUGACCUCGUCCUCACCGACGCCCUCGAGGAGCCGCAAGGCUGGAUCGAACACAUUCAGAGCGGUAGCAUCACGGCAUUGGCGCACGAAUUCGUCAGGGCAACACAGAUGCCUGUCUCCAACCAACAGAUAUCUGUAAUGAACGCGACGCGGUCCUCCGCAUUGCCGCUUUACGAUCACGUCAAGUCAAACAUCUCCGACAAUGUGAUGGUCGAGGCGUUCGUCGUAACAGUGCUCACUUCCGUCUCCACUUGCAGAGAUCCAAAUCUGGAAGCGUCAAGGCAGAUCUUUGCCUUCCUUUCCGAAGUACAAACGCAGGCAGAAGAGCUUCUCAGCGUUGCUCCACCAUCGCAAGCCCCGUCUGAGCUUUCCUCCGCGCUCAAGUCGAGACUCGCGACACUGCUCGACAUUUCCGUGCAAGCUGGUAUCGGUUUGCUUCAGGACGGAGUCGACAUCCUUCAACGUCUUGCAAGCUUGUUGGAGCUCGACAGCGACGAAUUCUUGAAGCAAGCUCACGCAUCUACAAUGCCCGUUCUCGACACAGAGUCGGUUACCACGGCCAACCUGCCCGAUUGGGUUGCUGUGGUUGCCGAGAAAAACCUGAACGAUACCCGCUCCGAUCUGCAAAAGCUGCGCAGCUCGCUCACCAUCUCGGACGAGCUUUUGCUCGAGCUGGAACCGCUCGAGAUCGCACAGCAGAUUCAACUUUUCCACGCCGAUGCCCUACGUCGCCUAGUCAGCCCUCAGUUGUCCUUCUGCCAACUGCUCGAGGCAAGCAAGGCACACAAUCAGUUUGUCAGCGCUCUGAGCUUUGACUCGCUGUCUCCUCAUCCGCUCACCACGCUAGCGCUCAAGCAUCUACUCAACACAAGCUCAAUCAAGACCGACGGACCCAGUGCGGCCCAGACCGGCGCUCGACACCGCGCUUCUGUUCUUCGCCACUGGAUUGCCAUUGCCUCUUACCUCCUCACCAUGGGUGAUGUUGCAGGCUGGAUGGCUGUGAGCACCGCCUUGUGCUCUCGCGCCGUCACUCGUCUAGAACAGACGUGGCGAUACUUGGCUGAAGGCGACCGUAUUCUCGUGGCAGAGGAGUGGGCUCCCAUCCUGUCGAGUAUAUCCUGGACCGAAGGUUUGGCCAUCGAUGUGCGACCUCGCUUUGUUGGCGACAUUGCCGAGCCGUUCGUCACCUUGCAAGAUGGUCGAAGGGCAGUAGUGAUUCCUUUCCUUGGUAAUGCUCUUUACCGUACCCUACGUCUUUCCGAAGCCCCUGCCUCAAGUCCUGACGUUAUAGACCGGCUCAAGCUGCUGGGCCGAUCAGAAACUGCCUACUGUUUGUGGAGCUCGAUAAACGAGUGGCGCGCAGCUUGGCAGCAAAGUACGGCAGACACCAAGCUCUGUAUCGCCGGGCAAGCCGAGCCGAUGGCGGAAUACCAGGCGACGCUACAGUUGCUCUUCCGAGAUGCAUCUCAGACAUCGACGCGAGAGUCCGACAUGGCGCGAUCCUUUCAGCUCGAGCCUAAGGCUCUCGGCAACCUCGAUGCUCGCAAAAAACACUCGCUGCCUCUCAACGCCAAUCCUUGCUUACCACUGGUUCCGCUUCUGUUUCCGCAGCCGCUGCCCCUGCUGUCUCUGUUGAACGCUGCUCAAAUUCAGGCUGAACUUUCGCGCCGUGACGAUCAGCGGACCAAUGUCCCAAAAGACACUCAAGCCACCAUCACUUCCCGCUCGAUCGCGCGUCCCUCGCUUGCAGGGUCGCCGCUCUUCCGAAACUCAACCUUUUCGCCUCCUCUUGCAGGUCGGUCUGCUCGCUACAUGGCGUUUAGCGGCGUCAUGGAAUGGUCUUUGAACGCUCCCACUCCGAGUUGGGAAGAUCAGAACCAGAAUGUCAUCAAGAUUGGCAACGAAUUGGUGCUUCGCGUCGUGCAAGAGUCCAAUCUGUCGCUCCCAAGCUCUCCCAUGACCAGCAAGCGAUUCUCGCAAGAUUUUGGGCGUCAUUCGCGACCGCUCUCGCAGAUCUCGAAACGAUCCAGCUUGCCCACUUCCAACCGCAGCUCGAUUGUCGACAUUGUGGUACCCGUGCAGGUCAACGUAAAAGCAGCUACCCUGGAUCGCAUGAUCGACUUGCUCGUUAUGGGUGUUCAUCACGUCACUCUAGUACCCUCUUCGGGUGCCAACGAUGGCAUCGAGCCGCAGAGCGCACCCAUGCGCAAGACAAAGCUAGUCAUGGACAUGGAAGCGUAUCGCACGACCUUUUUGGCCACUUUUCGAAGCCUUUGUACGCCGCCUGAGCUAUUUGAGCAGCUGCAGAAGCGAUUUUCGACCGCCGUCACCGCAAGCAAAGAGCUGUCGAGUGCCGACGAGUUUCGUCCCUCGAGCCAGUUCCCGUCGUGGAUCCCGCUCACUCCUGCAGGUAGCCAGGCAGAACCCACCGACUGGGAAAUGGUCUGUCGCAUCCGCAUGGGUGUGAUCCUCACCUUACGCCUCUGGAUCGACCGCUUCCCACAGGACUUUGUCGACGACGAUGUCCUGUACCAGCACACGUGGAGCUUUCUUCGCCAGCCUGGCAUCCAAGUCACAGGCGAAGACCCUGAUCAGCAGAAGGUGAUCAACGCCCUGGCCCAGCUCAGAGGCAUGCUCGGCGCCAAGAUCAUGGGCGCUAACGCGAGGCAGGAGGAACGCACCUACGCUACGAGUAUGCCCGUGCACGUUACCAGCGUUCAGGACCAGGUCGACUUUGACUUUGAUCGUGCUAGCGCCGCCGGGUUGGUCGAGUAUCUCGAGUCGAUUGCCACGGUCUUUUUUGAUAAGAUUGUAGACCGCGACUUGCUCGUCGCCAGCGAGAUCUUUGAGAAGCAAGCAAGCCAUCCUGAUGCUUGGUUCACCGUAAAGGCAGCUGGCAACAGCCCGAGCGACGAAGACAAGCCCGUCACCAACGUCUACACCAUGCUCGAUGUGCUCAAGACGAGUGAUGAUGCGGUCAAAGAUGUAGGAAAGGACAUGGGCUUGCAACAGAAACUUCCGUCGGCCGUUCGUGACGCCCUCGCAGCUCAAAGUCUGUUCCGAGGCUGGAUCGCAAUUCACAUUAUCGAGUCCGGGAUCGGUCUCGAGCGACGACAAGAACGACUCUCCAAGCUUCUUGACGCUCUUUGGAUUUGCAGAGCGCGCAUGCUGAGGCUGAGGAGCGAUGAGACUGCAAACUCGAUGGGCUCUCCGUCCGGCCAUGGCAGCAACAUGGCCAGCGAUGCCUCUCUGCCAUUCCGUGAGCCGACUAUUGGCUCUUUCGUCGAGGCUGCUAUCGUCAACACGCUUGGCUCAUCCGAGUCGCGCAUCUUUUUGCGGGCUUGGCAAGGUGUUGCCGCGGCGCGUGGAGCCAAAGGUGACGGCCUCAGCGACCUUGUGCCGAAGCAGGUGGAUGCAACAAUGCGCUCGGCUGCCGAGCUAUCAGGUACGCCGGACAUUGGCUGGAUCCUUGCCUGCCUGGCUGAAGCAGCCACCAAGGCUCCGAGCGUGCAGACAUUGCCGGGUGGCAUCGAGUUGAUCGACUUUGAGAAGCGUCGCACCAUGUGGGCGCUGAUCGAUGGUGCAAUGCGGGUGAGACCUGCAUGCAGCGUUCCAGAUCUUGUAGAUCUUGCCGGAGCAAGACUGCGACUGAUGCAGGUCGCCCUCACUCGAGUCAGCUGGGAUCGCCGAGCCUUCCGUGAAGAUGCGGCCAACGAGAUACGCAAUGCGCCGCCCGUUCGGUCAGACGCCAGGUUGCGUCCGAGCAGCUCCAGCAAGGCGCUCACUAGCGUGUCAAAGCAGCAGCAGGAGAAGCUUCGGCGCGACCGUGCAGCCUUGGACAUGCUCAAAGCGCUGGCUGUGCGACCAUCAGUAUCUGGCCGUGUUUCGAGCAUACCCUGCAGCAGCUCACGUGGCGCGGCCUCUGCUGCGGUCUCGCCGACGUCUGGCCCAAUGCCACUACCUGCGGAGAAGACGGUGGCAGCACAGGCACCGCCGCCCGAUAAAACAACGAUCCGUGCGCGUCGAAUGACUGCGCUCUUCAAGGGCGCUGUUCGGCCACUGAUCACGCUGGACAAGCCAGACUCGCGCGCCAAAUCAAUUUCCGAGCUGAUGCGACUGACGCCGCUUCAAAAGCCUUCGAUCGUUGCAGGGCUUGGCGGCGCUCGCGUCUCGGUGUGGAACAAUUCGCAGCGUUCGUUUGUGUUUCACCUGACUUCGCAGGAAGGCGCAAAGUAUCUGUUGCAGACAAAGAACGCUGUAGAGCUGGCCGAAUGGAUCGGGCAUAUCGAGAAAGCUUCGCAAGAGUAUACUAUCAGAAGUGGCUCGGACGCGCGCAAGGGCUCGAGCCCUGCGAGAAGCAAGACAGGUGCACCGCUCUACGGGCGUCGGUUGGGGGAGCUCGUAGAGCGCGAGGGCCACUCUGUGCCUACGGCGGUCGAGCGUAUGUUUGCUGAGAUCGAGGCGAGAGGUCUACGCGAGCAAGGCAUCUAUCGAAUCUCGGGAUCCAAGAGCGCGGUUGAAAGCCUGCGCCGCGCCUGGGAUCAACAGCCAGCGGAAUCGGUGAACCUCUCGACGGGCGAAUUUAGCGACAUUCACACCAUUGCGGGUGCGGUCAAGGCGUGGCUGCGCGACUUGCCCGAGCCGCUCAUCACGUUUGACUCAUAUGAUGACUUGAUCGCAACCAACGCCAUGGACAAUGAUGACCGCUUGUACGCCAUGCGCGACAUCAUCUGGAAGAUGCCCAAGUAUCAUUUUGACGUCCUCCGCCGCACAGCUGAGCAUCUUGCACGCGUCGUCGAGGAGGGCGAGGUCAACAAGAUGCUUGCGCACAAUGUGGCGCUCGUUUUUGGAACGUCGCUGCUCAACCCGCCUCCUGGCCCGUCGAGUGUGGCGAUUGGGUUUGGCAAUCUUGGAAAGGCUGCCAAUGUGGUCAAGACGAUUGUCACGAUGCACGAAUGGCUCUUUGAGCCAGAGCCAGAGCCAGAGCCAGAGGCUGAGGCUGAGGUAGAGGUAGAGGUAGAGGUAGAGACGGAGGCAGACGUCGAGUCACGGGUGGUGUCUGAAGAUCAGUUUCAGGAUGAGAUGGAUGCGCUGGACGAGCAGCCGACUACGGUUGGGGAGAGCGAUGUGGGGGCGACUGUGCAUGGUACAGAUGGAACGGCGUGUACGGCUGUUGUGGACUGGCAUGGCGAUGGUGGUGGCGGAGACUCACUGGCGGUUUGUACGAAGGCGGAUGCUGUGCAUGCCGGUGAUAUGUCGGAUGGACACGGUCAGCGCCAGACAAGCGGAGAGCAAGAGCAAGAGCAAGAGCAAGAGCAAGAGCAAGAGGAACAAGACGAGCCGAUCGCCGAGCUUGGGGGGCGGUCUCGUCGAGGAGGCCUCACUCGUCCUUUAACUAUUGUAGGUCUAGAUGGGUUGUCGGGUCUUGGCGGGACAGACGAUGUGGCGAAAGUGCUCGACAGCGGUCAAGGCUUGAGUACGAGCGUGGACAAGGAGAGCAAGCAAGAAGGGGUAGAGGUAGAGACGGCUCGAGCGACACGCUUUGCUUUGUCGGGAGGUGAUGUGGAGGAGGAGUUGACGAAUGCGGCACCUCGUAUCGUGUUUUCGGAAGAAGACAAGGGCAGGAUGAUUGACGAUCAAGUGGAGGAUUGUCAAAGUGGGGCGGACGAUUCGAGCGAGAUGGCGGGUACAGCUGACGAGACGCGACAAGUUGGUUUUGACGAUGCCAGCGAGGAGCAAGCCGAGGCGGCCGAAUUCGACAAUGCUCGUUCGCUCGGCGUGGCUACUCAACGUUCACGCAAGACACGCAGUACGUACCGCGAUAGCGUCUUUACCUCGUACUCGAUCUAUGCAGAUUGCUUUGACAGCAUGAAGCUCGAAAGCCAGUCAUCCGCAGCAAGCAUUAUCAAGCGUCAGUCGAUGCAUCGGCUGGCACAUGCUUCGGUCGAAGCCAGCUCCAGCGACGAGGCCAAGCCGGGCGAUGCCUAG